CACGCGCAGUGCCAACACACAGUUCUGUCCUGGAGUGAGAGGUGAGAGAAGCAAUAACCCAUGCAUUGAAGCGAGGACGCUUACUUCAGAUCCCGACCACAGACCACUUCACGGUGCAAUUGCACAUCUCUUCCAGACUCCGCGGAGAGAUGUGGCUGCUGGAAAAGAUCCGUGGUUCAGUAGAGGGAAACAUUCUCCGGCAGGGAGACUCGGCUGACAAACAGAGCAAAGCCCCCACCUACAGCAACGUCCUCACCCCUGACAAGAUUCCAGACUUCUUUAUUCCGCCCAAAUUGGUGUGCUGCCCUCCAGAAGAGGAGUCGCCGGAAAUGAAACCAAAAAACGGGCUCCAUUCUUCCUCGUCAGAGCAGACCAUAUGCUGCAAGACACCACAGGGCAGUCCGCGCAGCCCGCGCCUCAUUAACAAGCUGGCUGGAGACACCAAGAACUUGCUCAAAGCUGCAAACCGCCACAUCAUCCAGAUUGAGAGCGCAGAUGACUUGGUGGUUGGGGAAGUGGGGGAUCUCAAUACAAACGCUGAUCCCCAGUCGCAGACGGCUAUGUCCUUGCCCUAUGUACCCAAAGCACAAACCUCCUAUGGUUUCGCUACGCUCAUGGAAAGUCCUCACACGAGACGUAAAGAGUCCCUCUUCCAUAGCGACCCCACAAGUCCCCUCACCUCUCCCAACACCCAACGCAAGUCGCAGGGCAACCACUUAAACCCUAGCGACUGUAACGUCUCCCAUUCCAACCCCUACCGGUACUUCAGUGGAGGGGAGAGCGACACUUGCUCCUCGGCUGAGUCCUCCCCGUUUAACUCCCCUCUGUUGUCCCGUUCCGCAUCCCUCAUCAAGAUGUUCACCCACGAAACCCAAGCCAAAGUGUCCCGAGCCAAGCGCUCCUUCGGCAGGCACAGCUCUCUCUCCACAGAUGAAUGCAGCUCUGUGGAGACAAGCCCGAAUAUUCAAAGGCGCUUCCGUUGCCCUCCUUCUCCGGCAUUCCGAGGACGCAAACACGGGGGCAACAUGGAUCGCUUCACACAGCACACCGUCAACCUCCACAAGGGAGGAACGUUACGCAUCUGCACAGACUACGACAUUGACGCUGCCAGGCUUCACGUCCGCGUGCUGGCGGCCGAGGCCCUCUACGAUAAGCAGUACGAUGUAAAGAGCAUCAACUGUUGCGUGGCUCUGUACCUGAACCCGGGUAAGCUCCAGAAACAGCGGAGCACCAUUAUCAAGAACAGCCGGAACCCUGUCUUCAACGAGGACUUCUACUUUGACUCCCUUCCGGUUGUGCAGGUGAAAAACCUCGCCAUCAAGAUGAAGGUAGUCAACAAAGGCACCAGUCUGAAGAGAGAUACCUUAUUGGGAGAGAGGGAGGUACCCCUGAAGGAGUUGCUUUCUGGGAUCUAGAGGUCAGAUUUUGUCCUCCAGACACACCAGUGCGGUCUUCACCUAACAGAACCAGACAAGGAAAUAUCCCAGCUUUGAAUCCUCAAAGUGGUUUGGUCCGUUUAGUUGCAGAACUCUCCAACUAACUGUGUGCAGCUUCCCAACAUGUUUACCAGCAGUGAGAGUGUAUGGAUGUACAGUACUGUAUGUGUAAGAUAUUCUGUAGAUUUGGCCCAUGAGUGUACAGGCAUGCUUCGAUUGUAUACAUGAGUUCCCAGGGUUUGUUGAGACCAGUGUCUUCUUGAUUCCAGACCCUGUUGGGUCUCAUUUUUGGAGACACAGAUAGAUAAAACAGCUCCCCGUCCACAUGGUGUAUCUUGACAACAAAAGCACAUUAUUGUAGACUGAUGCUUUGAAGUCACUUAAGGCCAGAUGCAAAUGCAUGAUUCAUCAGCCGUUUGAGCCUUAAAAUGAAGAGAAUGACAAAAAUAUAUUUGUCCCCAAUAUUGCUAUAAUAACAGUGUUUUGCCUUGUGCCUCUUUAAUUCCACUCUUGAGACUGUGACAUUUCUCUCAAUCACACUGUAAAACUGGACUUUUGAUGUUUUUUUUUCUUUUUGAAAGCUGAAUCUGUGCAGUUCAAAACACCCUUCAGCCUUAUUGAGUGACAAGCUGCUCACUUUGAGUGACACAGAACUUUAGAGAGGGC